AUGUCACAACAGGAUACCCAGCGCUGGCUACCCACGAAUCGACUAAUGUAUGGUGUACUUGUUAAAUCUUUCCUUCCAUUACAAAGGCAUCCUGAACUUGUAUAUGAGAAUAGCAAUUAUGCAAACGUAUAUGUGGGCGCUGAGGUUUACGUUUUCGAAGUGUCUGAAGAUAGAAAGUGGUGCAGAGCGUACCAAUGUUUACGACCCUUUCCUGAAGAAUUCAUAUCGAAUAUGAAUUCAGCGAAUGAUGUUUUGCCAGAUGUGAAACCAAAAUUGGUGAUUUUUCCUAAAAAAUUUGUUCACUUCGAAGCUCAAAAAGCCGUUAGUACCAUGCCAUUUUUCAAAGCACCCAGUGCUGAUGAUUUUAAAUCCUUGAUUAGUAAAGAAUGUGAGUCCCGCUCUUUUUGUGACAGCCUGUAUGUUAGUUCUACUGAUGAUAUAUCAACUGGUAAACCCAAAAAGAUACCGCGACCUCCGUUUCCCUUCUUCAGGUACCAAAAGAGACCCUUUGAAGACGAAAUGGGCCCUAUAUUAUCUCUUAUUUCUUCGCACGUCUACUCCAUGUACUCAAUUGGCGAGUUUGCAAUAUAUAGAAAAAUGAUAAAAUUGUAUUAUGAUUUGGACACCAUACGGUUUAGGUUAUCUAUGGAUUUAACCACAGAGACUGAGAAAAUCAAUCUAAUAAGAGCAGCAACGUCCUUGCGAACGAAAAUCGCAAAAUUUUUGUCCUCCACAUAUAGGAAAAAUAAACUUGUUGCUAACUAUACUCCAAGAAACCCUGAUCCAUAUGGUUUUGAAGGAAUCUUUGCUAGAGAUAUUAAUACUGGAGAGUUGCUUUCGUAUAAGAUCGACAAGCUAAGAACUUUGGUAUCAUCUUCGAUGCUUUGUGGUUUAACUAAUACAUUUCCUAUGGUAGCUGUUGUAGAACCAGAGGAUGAACAUUCGUCGAAUGGAAUAUUUGGUACAGUUAGAUCGAGUAUUCUAGUCAACUUGAAAAAUUUGGCAUGGGAUCCUUCUAUAGCUAAUCCCAAAUACCAAGAGCUUUCUGUUUGUGUUUACUUGAGGACUGAGGAAGAAGUAUUAACAGAGUCUUUCACCAUGACACAGUCGUCUAAUAUGGAGUCAGCUUUGGAUGAAAUUCCUGCAAUGCUUUUUAAAAAUAUUCUAGAGACAAUAGUACAGAAAAACAAAGUAUACUUAGUAGUAAUACUGAAGGAAACCAUAGCAGUUACUACGGAAAAUGCCCCAGAAGUUUCAUCAUACAAUAUAUCUACCCAAGAGUCGAGUUUACAUUCUCCAUUUUCUCCGUUCAAUUCAUUCACUGAAAAUAAGAUUGACCAUGUGAAAAGGGGUUUAGCCGCAGGAGUUAUAGACAUAUCUCCAGUUUUUAAAUUCUAUAAUGGGCCAUCCGUUGUAAAUAAAGCUCAAAGCUUUAACCUCUAUCUUUACAGUUCUGACUUCUCGGAAACACUACAUUGUAAACCUUCCAAAGAUACAGAUUUAGGUUGGGGUGGUUUAGUAAAUAAAAUCAUAAAAGAUUCUUCCGAAGGAGUUUCUGUUAAUCCUAGGGCGGUUUCUUUAUCCGUAACUGUAAAGGAGAUCAUAGGUAAACAAGAAGCAGAGAAAGUGCUUUCUACAUCUUUAGUACCAAUAAGAUCUAUCCCCACAUACUUCUACGAUACCAUGUUUAGUCAAGCAGAAAGAAUUUAUUUGAACCUGGGUAGGGUAUCACUUUGUGGAUUUGCUACUGCUGAUACAAAUAUCGAAAAUGUCACUGUUCAAAUUUCCUGUAGGAAUAAGAACGUAAAGUUUUGCAAAAAUAACCUUGAAGAGAGAACAGGGGACUGGGUUUUCGUUUCAGUGCGUCCAAAUGAGAGCAUAGGCGAAUCAAUUAGAGUAGAAGGGGUAGAAAAUAUGAAUGAGGACGAAACAUUAAGAGUGUUAGUAUAUUUGAACGGAUUUUUAAUGGCAAAAUCAAAUAUACACAUCAAGAAAAAAAACAAAAUCAUAGAAUAUAGGAAAGGUACCGUAUUUCAAAUAAUGUCCUCUACGUCAAUGCCUUUGAUUCAUUUAGAACUUGAAGCUUCGUAUUUUGGUCGAAAAUACAAUAUCAAUCCAGCCAUUGCAAAUUUUUUGGUUCUUCAAACUAAUAAUGUUGGGUUGGACCAGAAGCUCAAAAAUCAUUACGCAAUUACAUUGAGAGAUCUGAACAACAUUUCAUUUAAAGAUCUAUUAAAACAUUUCGACACAAUUUUAGCACAUUAUUUGUUACUCCUUGAGUUUGUAAAUGAAGCCGCUGAUAAAAAAGAUCUUUCUUCCAGUUUCCCCAACAUUGUAUUCAGUGAGUUUGUCAAGUUUCUGAAUCUGAUGUUAACACACCAAGAAAAUGCUAGAUACUGGUUUAAUAGGUUGUAUAAAAAGGUUUUGUCAAGAGAGCUAGAAUGUCCUAAUGUUGCACCGAUACUAAUAAAACAUAUGACAAUGAUCUUUGAUAAGAGUCAUUCCUCUUGGACUAGAACAGGAACAGCAGUCUGUCGAACUAUUUUGUACCUAAUCGUGCUGGCAAUUGGUUCAUCUCAUUCAGACGAAAUGCCUAAUUUUGUCGGUUUUUUUAAAAGCUUGCACAAAUUUCUGAUGAUUCCCGAUGAGCCGAUAAUAGAAGACCAAAUUUUGUUAAUAGAGAGCUUUCCCUCUAUGGUAGAAACAAUGACUAAUCAUUGUGACGUGGAAGAUUUGGUUCGUUUUGCGAUUGAGCUGUUUGAAUGUUGUCAAGAAAAAGAAAUGAUUCAAGGAAUUUACUCCAGAAUGCUUUCGGCUCGAGAAGAGGAAUACUUGAAUGCAAAGUUCACAUGCCUUUUAAAGUUGAUUAACAAGAAGGUUCUGAAAAGAUAUUCACUCACUACGGAAUCUGUAGAUAAACUGAGAUUACGAUUCUUAUCUAAAUCUCUUGAGUGGGUACUUAUACCAUAUGCUCCAGAUGAUGAUAAACAUUUCCAUGUAGAAUCCUUGCGCCUAGCUAAUUCUGUUUUGAUUACGAUAAUAGAGGAUUACAAAUCUGAUAUGCUACAAAGGAACUUGAUAAGAUUAUUACCAUAUUUAUGUAAGUCCUUCGUGCAUCUAAGAAGGCAUUGUAAGAAAGCACGUUUAAUGAGGCCUCGGAGAGUCUUCACUAUGCUUUUCCCCAGCGUCAUACCGUGUAACUAUAUCCCGGUCGAUUCCAUCGUGAAUGAUGAAGUAGUUGUAGAAGUUCUUCUGGAACUGGCCAUUAUAAUUUGUGAAAUAGCGAAGAUUUCAUCACACUCAUUUGGCAAAUAUCAAUCUAUUAAGCAAAUUGUAACCUUGUGCGCUAAAGACUCUCUUUUUCAGUCCAAAUUCUAUUUACGGAAAAUUACCAAUGAACAUGUUUACACAAUAACCAAAACAAUAUUUUUAUUUUUUAAGCAAGACUGGUUCCCUGGAAUGAAGUGGUUAGGCGUAUCAGCAUUAUUAGGAAGAUCAUCUUUAACAUUGCUUAAUUUAUACAAGGACUACAUCAUAGAGAAUAAUUCACCUUCUCCAUCAAAGGAAUCAGAAAAACGGGUCGACAUGCGACUCUGGGCGGAAUACGUAAAGGUCAUAUUAUUAGUUUCAAAUCAUAAAAGUGCUUCUUUAACAAAGUUGGCUAUUACUCCACGUAAGGCCGUUUAUUUAAUAUCAGGUGAUCUGAAAAAAAUUUCUGCGUAUAUCCUAAAUGAUUGUUGGGAUGCUUUAGCCAGGGGACACUAUAAUGUCACAUAUGCUAAAAAAUAUGGAUUGGGAGCCUUGAGUAAUUAUCAAUUUGAAUUAUUUGUCCAUAAUCAAUUUUUGAUUCGUGAGAUCUUUAUUUUUGCCUUCCAUAGGCAUAUUGAUGCAACAAGAAUCAGUUGCAAAAUACUGUGGGGGUUAGGAUUAAACUUUUGGAGGAUAUUUGGGUCUGUUCAGCCAGCAGUGAAUGCGUGUAUUCCGGAGCUAUUCAGUGCAUAUCAAAUUGGGAAGCUUCGUUUAAAUGACUAUGAAUUAGAGAGGUUUGUUUCUUGCUUUUUUUUUAUGAUACACGUUCCGGAUUCUGACACUUUUUUCCCUGCUUGUAUGGAUUUCUUAAAAGACCUGCUUGGCUUUUUGCAUAUUGUGAAUGAAAUUCACAAAAUACCUAAUCAAGAAGAAUUUGAUGAUGAUCGAACGGCGCGUCACAUAGAAAUGUUUGAGUACUUACUAGAAGCAAAUAGACCAGAAUUAUUUCAUAGAAUGAUUUAUGAUUUGUUUGUUCAUUUUGUUCAGAAGAAAGAUUUUGUUCAAGCCGCCUUAAGUCUGGAACUUUUGGCAGGCACUUACGCAUGGGACUCUAAUGAUACUCUUGAAGCAAUAUCUUUCCCGCCAUUGCCCGAGCAAUCCUCAUUUGAAAGGAAGGAAUAUUUGCUUAAGGAAUCCGCAAGAAACUUCUCAAGGGGCCAAAAACCAGAAAAGGCUUUAGCAGUAUACAAGGAUUUGAUUAAGGCCUAUGACGAGAUAAACUAUGAUUUAAAUGGGUUGGCCUUUGUACAUGACCAAAUAGCGGGUAUUUACACGAGAUUACAAUCAAUUGAUAGACUGGUUCCAACGUACUUUAAAAUUUCUUUCAUGGGAUUCGGCUUUCCGAAAUCUCUGAGAAAUAAAUCAUUUAUUUUUGAGGGUCUCCCCUUUGAACAUAUAACGUCUAUGCAUGACAGGCUUUUAAGGAGCUAUCACGGAUCAAACAUUGUGCACUCUCAAGAAGAAGUAGAUAUGCUAUCCAUGAAUCCUCCCAUGGGAAAGUACAUUCAUGUAGCCUCCGUUGAACCGUGCUUGAGUAUAUCUGACAACUACACUAGUAGCGACAAAAAGAGUUCCAUUAACAAUAAAGUGCGUAUGUAUAUUGAAAAUAGAAAUUUGAGGACUUUCAGUAACUCUCGACGUUUACCAGGUGCAAAAGGUGUUACUGAUUUGUGGGUGGAGGAGUAUACAUAUCACACUAUGAAUACUUUUCCAACACUAAUGAAUAGAUCAGAAAUUCUCAAAGUUACCAAGAGCAAACUUUCACCGCUUGAAAAUGCAAUUCGUUCCUUGCAAGUAAAAAUACAAGAAUUAUAUGGGCUCGAAAACAUGUGCAACAAAACCUUGAAAGACCACGGUGAUGUAAACGAUUUAUUUAGUGAGCUUUCCACAAAUAUUACCGGUACAAUAUCUGCUCCGGUUAACGGAGGUAUAUCCCAGUACAAAGCUUUUCUAAGACCUUCCACUUCCAAACAAAGUAGUAGUGAGGAUUUGGCAAGGUUAACACUAGCCUUUGACGAACUUGUUGCAGUAUUAGGUCGCUGUCUAACGCUGCAUGCUGAAUUAUUGCCCUCAAAGGAAUUGAAACCAUCACAUGACUUUCUAGUACGGCUCUUCGAAGAAAAUUUUGCGGAAGAGAUAGAGAGGUACAGUCGGACUAACAAUGAGGCUGGUCAUGGCAAGGGCCAAAUAAUGACGAAUCGAGUAGUUUCACACAAGAACUCUGCUAAAAAGUCGAGCUUUUCUGGAAGGGAACAUCACACGUCAGGGUCCAAUCACAGUCAGUUUGUAUUGGAACACAGUGACUCGUUUGGCCCUAACAGUUUACUUUUUGGAAAGUAUAUAACAAGGACGUUAUCCCACUCGUCUACCACCAGUAGCUUGAAUAAAAGUGUAAUUGGUUCUGCCAACUCAAGCAGCUUUUUAUCAGGACCGCAGCCAGAUACGAUUGCAGAUUCACAGCAGAAGCACAGUAACUCGCAGUUAGAAUAA